AAAGAAACAGAACAGAAGAAAAUCUUGCAGAGGUCCAUCCAUAAAUCUCUCAACUUUAUCUUCUCAUCUACCAUCUCUUUGUUUCUCCGCCUUAGAUUCAAACAAACACCCACCAGUCGCACGGAGCCGAGGAGCUGAGCUCUGUUCCUUCCUGCUGCUCGGCCUCUGCUGCUGCAAACGGAACUCCACUAAAGAAUGGCCUGCUCAGCUGCUGCUUCCACUGCCUUCAUCUCCUCCAACCCGGGCUCCUUCUCCUCCCGGAAGCUCUCUUCUCCGGUGACUGCCUCGCUGCGCAGGACCGUGGCAGUCCCCGAUCGGCUCAGCAACCAUUUCCUUUCUUCUCGCCUCCCCCGCUCUGCUGCUCCCUCCCGCAACGGCUCCCUCUCUGGCCGGAGCUUCGUUGUCAGAGCUUCCUGUGACGCUCCACUUGUUGGAAACAAAGCACCAGAUUUCGAGGCUGAGGCUGUUUUUGAUCAGGAGUUCAUCAACGUGAAACUCUCUGACUAUCUUGGAAAGAAAUAUGUGAUUCUCUUCUUUUACCCAUUGGACUUCACUUUUGUUUGCCCAACAGAGAUCACCGCUUUCAGUGACCGAUAUGGUGAGUUUGAGAAGUUGAACACAGAAGUGUUGGGCGUCUCAGUUGACAGUGUGUUUUCGCACCUUGCCUGGGUUCAAACCGACAGAAAGUCAGGUGGACUUGGUGACUUGAAGUACCCGCUUAUUUCUGAUAUCAACAAAAGUAUCUCCAAAUCUUAUGGCGUGCUUAUACCAGAUCAGGGAAUUGCACUGAGGGGUCUCUUUAUCAUUGACAAGGAAGGAGUGAUUCAACACUCCACUAUCAACAAUCUUGCCAUUGGUCGAAGUGUUGAUGAGACAUUGAGAACACUCCAGGCUCUGCAAUACGUGCAGGAUAAUCCCGAUGAAGUUUGCCCUGCUGGUUGGAAGCCGGGUGAGAAGUCCAUGAAGCCCGACCCUAAGCUCAGCAAGGAAUACUUUGCGGCCAUAUAAGUUGUGUACUGUAAAAGCCGGCAAAAUGCCAGGGGUUACAGAAUUGCCCAAGAGUCUUAGGGAAUUGUUGUAGAAGAGUUUUGCUUUCGUCUCUCAUCUUUUUGAAAUCCUAAGUGAGACGGGAAUAAUGGUUCCGGAUGAACGACCAUUGUAUGGUGUUGUAGUUUGUUUUGGACCUUUUGAGCUAUGUCGGCAUUGGAAUUAUUCGGGCAUUUUCCUUCCUCAGUUGCCAACGAUCGGAAAUUAUCGUGUGACCAUGCAUUAUGCAUUGAAUAACAAUCAGCUGUUGCCAUGUCC